UAGUCCUAAUAAACCUGUCAUUCCAUCUGAUAAAGCUAUUUUGUAAUAUUUAGUUGAACUUCACUGUCAAGUGGAUGGAGGCGACUUCUUUCCAUCGGUGUGUGCCGGUCAAAGAAAGUAGUCCGUCGCGGAGGAACCACGUCUGAUUUCCGGGUGCCAUCUUGCCUACUGAACAGUUCGUCCGGUUCCGCCCGGGAGUGUCAACCUUCCCUACAUUUUGUCCCUCCUUUCACCGCCAAAAUGUCGCGACAGAAAGCCGAGAAAGAGAGGGAAAGGGAGAAGAAACUCAACGAGAAACACCAGGCCAUCCUAGCGCAGCUUUUACGCGAAGAAGACAACAAGUACUGCGUGGAUUGCGAGGCGAAAGGACCAAGAUGGGCGUCCUGGAACCUGGGCCUGUUCCUGUGUAUCCGCUGUGCCGGGAUCCACCGCAACCUGGGCGUGCACAUCUCACGCGUAAAGUCUGUCAACCUGGACUCAUGGACACCCGAGCAGAUACAGAUGAUGCAGGAAGUGGGGAACUAUCAGGCCCGAGCUGUGUACGAGGCGCGUCUGCCCGACAGCUUCAGAAGGCCGCAGACAGACUCCGCCUUGGAACAAUUUAUCCGGUCCAAGUAUGAGAGGAAGCAAUACAUCGACAAAAAUGCCCAUAUCAUCACACCAUCUGAUCUCAAGCCUCGUAAGGAGGAAGAGAUAGAGAAACCGAGGGAGAAGAAGAAGGAAAGGAGAGAGAAGAAGCUAUCUCCCCCAUCUGUUGUUAAGGAGAAGCAAAAGCAGUCCCCCUCAGUGCCCAGACCUGUGAAAGCGGAACCAGCUCCAGCCAAGUCUGCGUCCGCACCACCAACACCAGCAAAGAGCGAACCUGCACAGCCGCAGAUGGACCUACUGGGACUAGACACAAAUGACCUUCUCAUGGAUAACAUUCUGCAACCAUCCACCAAUCAAGAUGCAGGGGUGGAGCUGCUGACCUUUGACACUGACCAAUCAGACACUAAUGCCAACAACCAAAAAGAUGAUCACGCCAUGAAUGGCCCCGUGACAAAUGGAGACGCUGACCCUUUUGGUGACUUCCUGUCUGCAGCCACAUCCACAACCAUUCCUGCUGUUAACAAUUCCCCGACAGGCCCUCCAGUCGCCUCCUCAAGCAAUGACCUCUUUGCAGCCUUCAACUCCUCCACCAAUCAGAGCAUAGCUCCCUCCCAGCCCAGCCAAUCAAAUGCUGAGGAAUCCCUUUUGAAGGACGAUUCAAAACCCAAGAAAUCGACCAAGGAAUCCAUCCUCUCCCUGUACGGAUCCUCGUCAACCCAGCCGCAGAACCAAGUCUUUGGUGUACCAGGAAAUAUGCCACAACAACAACAGCAGCAACAACAUCCACAGCAGCAAUGGAUGAUGGGAGGGAUGCCGCAGCAACAGCAGCAGGGCAUGCAGCAGGGAAUGAUGGGAAUGCCGCCCAACAGCAUGAUGGGAGGAGGACCGGGCAUGAUGGGAAUGUACAACGCACAGCAGAUGCAACAGAUGCAGCAGCAACAGUUGCAGCAGCAGCAGCAAAUGCAACAAAUGCACCUGCAGCAGGUGCAACAGCAGCUGCAGAGCAUGAGGAUGGCAGGUCCAGGGGACAUGAUGGGGGGGUUCAGUUCAGGAGGGAUGGCGACGGGGAUCCCCGUGGCGGCCCCCGGCGGGCCCGGGACGGGACAGACCCUCAGCACGCAGCUGUGGAAAUGAUGACAAUCGGUGUAGCGUAGCGUUCUGUAGGUAUUGUAUUGUACUGUUUAACAAUCGGGCACCAAUUUGCGGGAGGGGGCAUGGGCAACUCCUAACAUCUGACACUUCCGUUGUAACCAACCACACAGCAGUUAAGCAGCUGGAGCAUUUUUCUAGAGUGAAACCUUUUCUUGUCACCCUAAGGCGAUGAGGAAAAGAAAAAGCUUGCACCAUUAGAAAAAAGCCCCUCCUCUGUUGACGAUAACCAGCUUAGUCUUGAUCAAAACUGUUACAGUCUGAGAGCAAUGGACUGACCCUUUUGAACACCGUUUCGAACAAAUAGAAUACCCUCUGUUAUAUUUCGAACAUCUCUGUCAAAAGCAGCACUAUUGGGACCUGUCCUGAAACAACUGUACUUGGUUGCUAUGGCGUGCAAUAAAGAAGGCAUAACAUUUUAAUUUUACCAUUUCUGAGAUGGUUUCAGUAUCUCAAAAAAAAGCUGAACUGAAGUUAGUCAUCUAGCGGCGGUAUCCACAAUCGCUGUUCAAGACGGAGGUUUUCAAAAUAGAACAAUGGUCAAGGGAUGAGGCUUCUGAAUCGGUCUGUCGGAAAAGGGUAACCUACGAGUGUUAACUUUUUUCUACAGACAUACUUUUUGUCUAAUCUGAACCUCUGACGAUACAUGGAUUUCAAUAGAAGACUUUCUUCUUUCUUUGACUUAACAGUCGUCUGCUUACAUGUCAAAAUCCGUUACCUGCAGCUAGCUCAUGAUCAAGUGCUUGACUCGGUGCCGUGGAGAAAACGUAGCAAACCGUGGUGACUAUUUAAUCCGCUGUAGUUUUAUAGACAAAUGGUAAAAUCGGCCGGAGAAUUUCCUACUGGAUGUCUUUAGUAUAUCAACACUACACAGGAGUGAAACGUUGGACACAACAAGAACAGAUUUGAUAAUAAAAUUAAUAUAAUGUAAUUGUUUUACUGUACUAAGUUGUGUUCUCCCUGUGACCCAUCAGUAUGAAAAGACUAACACAUGGUGAAGGUAUGUGUUCUGUUUGUCAAGGGCUUCAUUGUCAAUCCACUCUUGUGCAAAUCCUGUGCUUGUACAAAGUGUCUUGCCCCGGCAAAGGUUUCCCAUUCCCAGCCUACGCUUGUCUGGAUUUUAAUUUCUUAUUGUACAGCGGCAAUAACAUGUACAUGUACUUCGAUUUGAUAUCUAUAGAAAGUCGUGACUACCAGUACUUCUUAUCUC